CUGGAGAGAAGAUUCAGGUGUAGAUCAAUAAGGCCAUAAGAUGGUGGAGCCAGCAGAGGGAGGGCAAGGAAGGAGGAGCUGUGACCUAUCUCCCCAACACCUGUGACUUCCCCUACCCAACUGUGACCCCACACACAGCUGUGACCUCCCCUACACAGAUGUGACCCAUGCACACCUGUUAGCUACCCCGCCCACAUCUGUAACCUGCCAACACACAGGUUAUCCAGACAUACCUGUGGCCUGACCCACGCAGCUGUGACCUGGCCAUGAGCUCAGGUUCAGACUGGGCUGUAGGCCCAGGCAGUGCUUUCACCUGGGCCAGGAAUAUGAUGUUUCCUUCAUCCCACUCUGGCAGGCAAGCCUGGGCCUGAGCACCUAGCAGGUCUCAGUUGCUAGCGUCUGAAUCAGCAAACAAGCAAAAUCACAAAGGAAUGAACAAGCGCGUCAUCGCUGAUACACUCAUGCUCAUACCCGUAGUCACACAAACAUGGGGUCUCAUGGUCAUAAGACAACAGGGUCUCACACACACCAAGUCUCAGGCACUGGGUCACACACUUGCACAUACACACUACUGGAGUUUGUCGAGAGUCCCAAAUGUCCACUGACUGGAGCUUUAUACAGACACAGUCACUGAUCCAGCACAUAUACAAAGGGUGACAACGCAGCCCUGACUUCAGGAACACAGUGCCUUUCAGACACAGGUCCCUAAAGGAGGGAUGACUUAUCCACUAGGCACACCGGUAGGCACAGGGCCACAAUACUUAUACGGGCCCACAAAAAUGUUUUAAUUUUAAUCUUUUUUAAUCAGAAGAAAAAAUAUAGGAAUAAUGAAUAUAAAAUAAUGAAUUCAGUCUGGAUUAUAUCUGUCCUUAUGCCAAUAUAGUCGUAAAAUAUAUUUUUUUUAAAAUAUGUAUUUUUUUGGCCGCGCAGCAUGCGGGAUCUUAGUUCCCCAACCAUGGAUCGAACCCGUGCCCCCUGCAGUGGAAGCACAGAGUCCUAACCAUUCCCUUAAAAUGUUUUUUUGAGGAAUGGGUCCACAAAGGUGAAAGUGCCUAGGGCCCAUAGGUGUCAUAAUGCAGCCACGUGGGGAAGGCACCCAGACUCCAGUAUCACAGACAGGGCUGCCCAGUCGGAUCUGCCACCCAGACAGCCCCCAUGCACUGCCUCCAUCCCCACAUCAUCCCAAGUAAAGCCACAAAGUCCAGCCCCAGUGCUGACAGAGUGGGAGGGGCCACUUCCGGCCUAGCCCCACCUCCUACCAAGGGCACUUUGCCAGGAGUGCAGAGGUGGCUCUGCCGUCUGGCCCAGCCCUCUAACCCAGGGCCUGCCCCUCAGCCCGCCCCCAGACUGGGUGGGGUGACCCCUACAAAAGCUCAGGGUUUCCAGCAGCAGCUUCUUCCUCCAAGAGUCUCGGUGCAGCUGAGGCCAGAGUUAAGGAACAGAAUCUUGCUGAUCCCUGCAUAGGCCCUCACCCUGAGGUCAGGAAGUUUGGAGAAUGAGGCCUUUCAGCCCUGAGGUUUCCCUAGACCUGCCCUGUGCCAUGGCAGCCCACCUGCUUCCCAUCUGCACCCUCUUCCUGAACUUGCUCGGCAUGGCCAAAGGCUCCAGGGACCCCGUGGUACCCAACCGGCCCUUCGCCACCAUCUGGAAUGCAAACACCCAGUGGUGUCUAGAGAGGCAUGGCGUGGACGUGGACAUCAGUGUCUUUGAUGUGGCGGCCAACCCGGGGCAGACCUUCCGUGGCCCUGACAUGACCAUUUUCUACAGCUCCCAGCUGGGUACCUACCCUUACUACACAUCUGCUGGGGAGCCCGUAUUCGGUGGCCUGCCCCAGAAUGCCAGCCUGGCUGUCCACCUGGUCCGCACAUUCCAGGACAUCCUGGCUGCCAUGCCUGCAUCCAACUUCUCAGGGCUGGCAGUUAUUGACUGGGAGGCAUGGCGCCCACGCUGGGCCUUCAACUGGGACACCAAGGACAUUUACCGGCAGCGUUCACGGGCACUGGUACAGGGGCAGCACCCUGACUGGCCAGCUCCUUGGGUGGAGGCAGCAGCUCAGGACCAGUUCGAGGGGGCUGCCCAGGCCUGGAUGGCAGGCACCCUCAGGCUGGGACAAGCACUGCGGCCUCGUGGCCUCUGGGGCUUCUAUGGCUUCCCUGACUGCUAUAACUAUGACUUUAAAAAUCCCAACUACACCGGCCAGUGCCCACCAGGCAUCCGUGCCCAGAAUGACCAGCUGGAGUGGCUGUGGGGCCAGAGCCGUGCCCUCUACCCCAGCAUCUACCUGCCCGCAGCACUGGAGGGCACGAAGAAGGCACAGAUGUUUGUGCAGCACCGUGUGGGUGAGGCAUUCCGUUUGGCCGUGGGUGCAGGGUACCCUGAUCUGCCAGUGCUGCCCUACGUCCAGAUCUUCUACGACAUGACUAACCGCUUUCUGCCCCUGGAGGAGCUGGAGCACAGCCUGGGGGAGAGUGCAGCCCAGGGGGCAGCAGGAGUGGUGCUCUGGGUGAGCUGGGAGAACACAAGAACCAAGGAAUCCUGCCAGGCCAUCAAGGAGUAUGUUGACAUGACACUGGGGCCCUUCAUCCUGAAUGUGACCAGCGGGGCUCUUCUGUGCAGUCAAGUCCUGUGCUCUGGCCAUGGCCGUUGUGCCCGGCGCCCCAGUCACCCUGAAGCCCGCCUCAUCCUCAGCCCCACCAGUUUCUCCAUCGAGUCCACGCCUGGUGGUGGGCCCCUGACCCUCCGAGGUGCCCUCUCACUCAAGGAUCGGUUGCGGAUGGCUGUGGAGUUCAAAUGUCGCUGCUACCGUGGGUGGACGGGAACAUGGUGUGAGCAGUGGGGCAUGUGGUGAUUGGCACAUGCACACAUUGAGUACCUAAUGCAAUCUGGACCUGGCUACAGCUUUCUCAAGUACAGGCACAGUCACAUGAGCCAUGGUCACAGUCAGAAGUACACUCAGGCACUGUCAUGAGCAUAUGCCAGCACGUUCACACUUGCUUACAGACCAAGAUAGUUGCAUAAGGAGUUUGAGCCUCGGGCACCCACCCAGCAGAGUUAAAAAUAUUUCCUCCAGAGACAUUGAGCCAGUCUUUAAACUGCAGCAAUCACAAGAACUGACGUUCUGGAUUUCCCUGGCGGUCCAGUGGUUAAGACCCCGCGCUUCUACUGCAGGGGGCGGGGGUUCGAUCCCUGGUCAGGGAACUAAGAUCCCGCAUGCUGAAAGAAAG